AAGUCCCUCCUCUCUUUCUUACAAAUGUCAUUCCCAGAAGUGAACAGCUUGUUGUGAGUACACGCACAGACUGUCUUACGAGCGCUUUUUAAGACACUAUGAUACGUGAGGGGCUGCUGCUGUUUGUUCUGAUAACACGGGCUGCUGCAGGUACAGGAGGGUGUCGGGCACCUGAUGGCAAGGAUGGGUUGCCAGGUGCACCAGGACAACCAGGAAGAAAUGGAAGACCUGGACAAGAUGGUGACACCGGGGAGCCAGGCAUAUACACUGGCAUUCGUGGUGAGCCAGGAGUCAAGGGGCAACGGGGGAAUCCAGGGCCCCCAGGAAAAAAUGGCCCCAAAGGAUAUGUAGGUCCAGCAGGGCCCAGAGGUUCACCAGGCACUCCUGGACUCAAAGGACAGAAGGGAGAAUCGGGACAAGGGGGUGGUCUACAGGGGACAGAAAGACCUGCCUUCUCUGUCGUCAAAAACACAACCAAUGACCCUUCUCCUGAAAGGCCAAUCAUGUUUGACAAGGUUAUCACCAACGAGGGAGAAUGUUUCCAUGUUGAUCUGGGAAAGUUUCAGUGUUGUAAAGGUGGUUGGUAUUUCUUCACCUACAACAUGGUCUCUGAAGGAAAACUUUGUGUUAACAUCAUGAAAAACAGCAGAAAGGUAGUUGGAAUCUGCGACACUCAUGGAAGCAAAAGUAACUGGCAAAAGAAUCAAAUGAAUUCAGGUGGGACAGUACUGAAGCUGAGAAAGGGAGAUGAGGUUUGGCUUCAAACCACAUCAGGUUACAGUAAUGUUUUUGGCUCAAAUGAAGUCAACAGUGUCUUUUCUGGGUUCCUUCUCUUUCCAGAAAAUUAAUGUUUAAAACUACAUUAAUAUGUCUGCUCACCUUAAUUACUCACUUUGUCCUGUAACCCUUGCUCACUGCUGGGAUCCAUUAUAUCAAUAUCCAUAAAAAUGGAGAAAACAUAAGAUUACAUUCGAAAAGCCAUUAGAAUUGUCCAAAAAAUGGGCUUAACAUCAAUCAUUCCCUCUCUCAAAUAUCCACACUUGUCAAAUAUUUUCAGUUUCCAUUAUCUGACUGCCAAUUCUAUGUUCAUUAUAAACUAUUAUGGCCACAAGUGACAUCUAAUCAUUGGAGCAACAUGUAUCUACCAGUUAAAAUUGAAGAAACUACUACGAAUGCUGGAGACACCGUUCCUCUCUCCCCCUUCACAGAGACACCGUUCCCCUCUCCCCCUUCACAGAGACACCGUUCCUCUCUCCCCCUUCACAGAGACACCGUUCCUCUCUCCCCCUUCACAGAGACACUGUUCCCCUCUCCCCUUCACAGAGAUACCGUUCCCCUCUCCCCAUUCAUAGAGACACCGUUCCCGUCUCCCCAUACAUAGAGACAUCGUUCCCCUCUCCCCCUUCACAGAGAUACCGUUCCCCUCUCCCCAUUCAUAGAGACACCGUUCCCCUCUCCCCCUUCACAGAGACACCGUUCCCCUCUCCCCCUUCACAGAGACACUGUUCCCCUCUAUCCCCCUUCACAGAGACACCGUUCCCCUCUCCCCCUUCACAGAGACACCAUUCCCCUCUCCCCAUUCAUAGAGACACCAUUCCCCUUUCCCCCUUCACAGAGACACCGUUCCCCUCUAUCCCCAUUCACAGAGACACCGUUCUCCUCUCCCCCUUCACAGAGACACCAUUCCCCUCUAUCCCCAUUCACAUUGUCUGCCCCAUUGUCCACACAGAGACAGUGAUCCAUUGCUCUGACAGACACCCUACAUUUCAUUUCCAGUUGGAAUUGUAGUUCAAGUCUCCAAUCUUUGUCUCCUUCGUUGCUUCUUAUCCACUUUAAGAGCCACUUCGCAAUUCACAACAUGGGUAGUGUUUCUGCUCCCUCCAAGGCUGCAUACAGGUAUACUGUAUAAGACAGACAAUGCUGGCAGACUCUGUUACUGGGGCGUCACGACUGCUUAUGUACAAUCCAAACAUUCAUGAAAAUGUUGCAGAUAAUAGGACACACAAUGUGAGAUUUUACAUCAGUUCUCUAGUUAUAAAUUCCCAUGUCAAUAUUUUAUGGAAUUUAUUAGUAAGGAUCACAAAUUGUAUAUUUGUACUUGCCAUGAGCAAUCUGUGUUAAUGAUGGUUCCUGUAAAACAGCUACUAUAAUUUAUAUAACCAUUUGCUAACAUUUCCAGGUCAUUCUGCAAUUCACACUCCAAUAUGUGAAAAGUUAGACUAACAUUUUGUAUUAGAACUAAUUCCUGAAAUCUGCUCUCAGAAAUUUUUGUUGGUUACA